AUGCUAAAAGCACUCCAGAAGAGCUUCGAAUUCAAGAGUAUUUUUGGACAAAAUGCGGAAGAGGUCGUGAGCAACGUAGAUUUGUCAAAUAAAACAUGUCUCAUUACUGGAGCCAGCAGCGGCAUCGGUCUAGAGAUUGCUCGAUGUCUCACUAGUCGCGACUGUAACUUGCUGAUGGCUUCUAGGAAUGUUUACAAAGCGAAUCUUCUUGCCAACAAAACAUGUACAAACACCGAGAAAAUUCGGCACUACCAAAUAAACCUUGCUUCCUUGGCUUCUGUGAGACAAUGUGCCCAACAAAUAAUUGAAAAUGAAAGACAAAUAGAUAUAGUGAUUCUCAAUGCCGCCACCUUUGGUAUCCCAUGGACAGUUACUAAAGAUGGGCUAGAAACAACCUUCCAAGUUAAUUUCCUAAGUCAAUAUUACUUAUUGCUUUGCCUGGGCAAGAUGCUGGCUCCCGACGCCAGGGUUGUGUUCACCUCCUCCGAAUCUCAUAGAAACAUAAAAUGGCCAGAAAAGAAUAGAUUCAACCCGGUGUUCGAGAACCUUUCACUCCUCAAACACGAGUAUACGUCCAUCAAGUCGUAUAAUAUAUCAAAACUGUGCUGUUUGUUGCUGAUGCAUUACUUGAGCUACCAGUGGACUAACAGCGAGAGGAGCUUCUUGUGUGCACACCCGGGGUCUUUCAUCAAAACUGGUCUCUGUCGCAACUGGUGGCCUUACGAGGCACUCUACACAAUUAUGUUACCCUUCUCAAAGUCUAUUAAGGCACACAUCCUCCUAUUGUUCCUAAGACUUGUAGCUUUAGUAAAUGAACUUAUAUGCCCUCCCGCUACUACUAGUCACCUCCUAGGAUAUAAGAGCUGUGGAGGGUGGGGGGACGUUUCCUUCAUAUCAUGUAUGACUUUCAUAGCGUUCUCGUGUCCUUUCCAUCUGAGCAUCUGA